AGAUCACCGCAGGGAUUGAGUUUGUAUCUGACACACUGUUGAAGUUGUGCAUAAUAAAUUGCAACAGUGUAGCAGACUUGUGUUUGUGUGUCAACUAAUGCUGCGCUGGGGCUGGAAGUGGCUGUUUAAUUUCUGGGCGGUGGUAAAGCAGAGUAAAUCCCCUGGUGCUUUGGCUUUGUGGAAUAAAGUGCCUGAGGCUUUACUGAAAACUACUAAAAUGAUGUUCAGGAGGAAAGUUCAUCUGUCAUAAUCAUCAUGUCCUCUAUCUCGGAGUGGUACGCUGGGAAAAACGUCCUGAUCACAGGGGCGACGGGUUUCAUGGGGAAGGUGCUGGUGGAGAAACUUCUGCGCUCGUGCCCGGACGUGAACGCCCUCUACAUUCUCGUCAGGCCGAAGGCGGGUCAAUCCAUGCAGGAACGUGUUCAAGACAUGAUGAAGUGUAAGCUGUUUGAUCGUGUGCGUGAGGAUAAUCCAGAGUUUCAUAAGAAGGUUGUGCCCAUCAGCAGUGAGCUCACACAGCCCGGAUUGGCCAUCAGUCCAGAGGAUGUGCAGAAACUCACUUCCUGUAUUAACAUCGUGUUUCACUGUGCCGCCACCAUCCGAUUCGAUGAACCGCUCAAACACGCCCUGCAGCUGAACGUCAUCGCCACGCAGCAGCUCCUGUCUCUGGCCCAGCAGAUGCAACACCUGCAGGCUUUCAUCCACAUCUCCACCGCAUACGCCAACUGCAAUCGUAGACACAUCGAUGAGGUCGUCUACCCUCCACCUGUCGAGCCCAAAAAACUCAUUGAGUCUUUGGAAUGGAUGGACGACGGCAUCAUACGUGACAUCACACCACGAUUAAUAGGGGAUCGACCCAACACGUACACCUACACCAAAGCUCUGGCGGAGUGUGUCGUUCAGCAGGAAAGCCACAAACUUAACAUUUGCAUUAUAAGGCCAUCUAUCGUAGGAGCCAGCUGGCAGGAACCGUUCCCAGGUUGGAUUGACAACUUUAAUGGACCAAGUGGUGUUUUCAUCGCUGCUGGGAAGGGCAUACUGCGUACCAUAAGAGCCAGUAAUGAUGCCGUGGCAGAUUUAAUACCCGUAGAUGUGGUUAUAAACCUGACACUGGCUGCAGGCUGGUAUACUGCUGUACACAAACCAAAAACGGUACAAGUAUACAACUGCACGACAGGAGGCAUCAAUCCUUUCCACUGGGGAGAGAUCGAGCAUCACGUGAUCUCCACGUUUAAAAGGAAUCCACUAGAACAGGCCUUCCGUCGACCCAACGCCAACAUCACCUCCAAUUACCUGAUGAACCAAUACUGGAUCCUCGUCAGCCACAAAUUGCCUGCUUUCAUCUAUGAUCUCUUCCUGCGUCUGUCCGGACAGAAACCACAAAUGAUGCGCAUUUUCAAUCGUCUGCACAAAGCCAUCGGUCUGUUGGAGUACUUCAGCAGUCAGGACUGGGAAUGGAAAUCUGACAACAUUAACAUGUUGAUGAGUGAACUCAGCUCGGAGGAUCGCAAGACAUACAACUUUGACGUUCGCCAACUGAACUGGCCGGAGUACAUUGAGAAUUACUGCAUCGGUACUAAGAAAUAUGUUCUGAAUGAAGACAUGUCCGACAUCCCUGCUGCCAGACAACACUUGAAGAAGCUAAGAAACAUCCGAUACACUUUUAACACCGUGAUACUCGUCUUCAUCUGGCGCGUCUUCAUCGCCCGCUCUCAGAUGGCCAGAAACAUCUGGUACUUCGUUGUGAGUUUGUGCUUCAAGUUCCUGUCAUACUUCAGAGCGUCCAGCACUUUAAACCAAUGACCCAUCCGGUACCAGUACGGGAAGUUUGUGUCCUCUUCCUCCAGGACUUCCUGCUUUACUUCCAGAGCUCUGAAGUGAUUGAGGUGUUCUUCAGUCAUUAACGCACACAUACCUGAACCAGACAAACGUCUCUUUACUUACUUUCCUCACCGGCCGCUUGUCCGACUCGACACCUCACAGCUCUACCGAUGGCGCAUUGGCUGUUUUUUAAAGUGUCUCCUUUUAUAAAGACUCUCCUUAAUAGCGAUUAUAUAUGCAACUGCACUUACAGUGUUUCUCCUUUAUAUUUUGUGGCCAUUUAAAGUCCAGAGACGUUGCCUUUGGGUCUUCUGGUGAUUUUUAACCGCCUUCGGUACAGACAGUGUUUCAUCAGAGGACAAUUAAUGUACCAAGAUAUUUAUUAAUUGAACUCUAAGGUUUUUAUCACUAACCACUGAAACUCUGCAGUUAUCUGCUUUAUCUGUGUGUGUUUUAAAGUGUCCUGUCUUUUUUAAUACCAUGUAAACUGUUGUCUUUGUUACCGUGUGUUACUAUUGGCAGUAACAAGGACAUUUUGGUCUUUUUAAGUCUUUGUAUGGCUAUAAGUCAGAGGUACCCAAACUCGAGAGCUGGUGCACUCUAUGCAGAACACCGGACCUCCAGAGCCGAGUUUGGGUACCCCUUCUGUAAGUCUUUGGUUCAGGUUUGUGUUUCUGGUUGUGUUUGAACGUACAUAUAUAACACAACACUGCAUCAUCAUACAAACUACAAUAAUGUAUAUUGUUUUUAACAUCAACUCAUUUUUCACCCCUUAAUAAGGAGAAAAA